AUGAUGAAGCGUCUCAUUGCCUUCGAUCUUGACGGCACCCUCGCCGAGAGCAAGCAGGCUCUCGACGAUGAGAUGGCCGCCAUCCUCGCCCGUCUCAGCCACGUUGCCGACAUCUGCGUCAUCUCAGGUGGAGACUGGCCCCAGUUCGACAAGCAGGUUGCGAGUCGUCUGCCCGAGGAUACUGACCGUUCACGCUUUUGGCUUAUGCCCACCACAGGCACUAAGCUCUAUCGCUUCGAGGACAGCCAAUGGGUGCGGAAGUACGCCGAUCUUUUCAGUGACGAGGACAGAGCCCACAUCAUCAAGGAGCUGCGAGCCUCCAUUGACCGCCUCGGAUUCACGCCAACUGAGAUUUGGGGAGAGCAGAUUGAAGAUCGCGGCAGUCAGAUUACUUUCUCAGCCCUUGGACAGCAGGCCCCUCUCGGCCCCAAGGAGGCCUGGGAUCCCAAGCAGGAGAAACGUCGCCUAGUUCAGAAAGACCUUCAGCCUAUCCUUCCAGAUGUCUCCGUUCGCAUCGGCGGGGCGACCUCUAUCGACAUCACUCGUGCUGGUGUUGAUAAGGCGUAUGGAAUGGAACGCCUGACUGAGCUCUCCAGCAUCUCCAAGGCCGAGAUACUUUUCUUCGGUGACGCUCUGUACCCUGGUGGUAAUGACGCGCCAGUGAGGGACACUGCAGGCAUCGAUUCAGUUCAGGUUUACAAUAUUGAACAGACAAAGCGGGCUCUUGAGGCUGUCAUCCUCUGCCUCGCAUAG